AUGCGGAUGCGGAAGCGUGAUGACCCACCAGCAGUCACAAUCAUAGAGGCGAAAAUUGGGUGCUGCAACUUCAAGACGGAACUUACGCUAGAGUGGAAUGGCGGACCUAAGUACCUCUCUUCGGCACUGAUGGACUAUAUGCAGAAGAAGGGUUGGACUGGCGAGAAAUUCAACAAGCAGAUGAAUCCAAAUCCCUGCUCCACGCCAAUUCUCCAGCAGUUGUUCAACAAGGUUGCCAACAAUAAGGAGUGGGAUUUCGUCGGUAUGACGGGGGAAAUUAACGACCAGUACAAGGGCCUCCUCGCCGAUAGCAAAGAAGACUUCCUCAAGCAGGCACAGAACAACCGAGCGCCGGUGAAGGGCACACUUCCUUAG